AUGGAAAGCCAGCUUGCAGCGCUGACGAAUAAAGUCGUCAGAUCUUAUUUCGGAAAGGAAUUCAUCAUUCAACGAUGCAUUAGCGGGAUAUUAACGGUACAUUAUUCGUCUAGGGCAAACGGAGGUCUCCAAAAUCCGCUCUGCACAUUUUCAUCAAGUCGUACAUUCUUUCAGUUUUUUUACCGAUGUCCCCCUGUCUUCUAUCCUGAACUUCUCAGAACCGAUCAUUGCAUUUUGUGCCAGACCUUCAAGUUGAUACUACGUAAUACCUGUUCGAUUUGGAAGAUCUUUUCUGUACUUGUACAGCCAUUCGGGAUGUCCAGCAUGCAUUCAGUAGAUUCAUUUUUUUUCAUAAAUAGUGAAAGUGCUGGAAGCAGCGUAGAUUCUCUAGUAACGCAAACAGGUCAAGUGCAAGAUCACAAUAAACAACAAACAAAUAUCUGUCAAAAUCUGAGAAGGACGUUGCACAAAUUACUUAUAGAUGACGGUGCUCUCCCGGGUCAUGACUGCAGCCAAGGUCAGCACUGCUUGGAAGACUCGGCGUGCAAUGGCACGGCUUGCGUAUGUUCUUCCGGAUACGUUCUGUGGUAUGACCAUUGUUUUCCAGGUAAGAAUUUGCUUUGUAUAUUUUAA